AUGCCUCGGGCGGCCGGGGUCUGCGGCUCGGCUCGGUGGAAGGGGAGGACCGCCUCCCGGGAAGGCGGGGCCGGGCGAGCAGCCCUGCCCGCACGGGACGACCGCACCGCCCCUCCCGAGGUGCGCCCCGCCGCCGCGACGGCAGCACCGGUCCCUGCACCCCGCGCCGCCUCCGCCGUAGAAAAUAGUGCGGGGUCCGGCGGCUGCGCCCGCUCCGCGGAGGUGUGGAGCGGAGGGAGGCGGCGCGCGCGCCUUCGCAGCCGCUCACGGCCCAGCACCCGGAGGGAAGGGCGGAGGCGGGGAGGCGCGGCCGCUCCUUGGAAGCCGGCACCCAGCCCUGUCCGCACACGCACGCCACGCGCCCGCCCGCCGCGGGGUGCGGAUGAAUAUUGCGGGUGCGAAGUAGUCCCGGCUUGCCAUGGGUGUACAUCCCUAACCAAAUGUGAUUGCAGUGGAGUUAAAGGAGAAAAGGGUGAAAGGGGAUUCCCAGGCUUGGAAGGACAGCCAGGUCUGCCCGGGUUCCCAGGCCCAGAAGGGCCUCCUGGUCCCAGAGGUGCAAAGGGUGAUGAUGGACUUCCAGGACCUAUUGGCCCCAAGGGAAUCAGAGGUCCGCCAGGGCUUCCAGGAUUUCCAGGAACACCAGGACUUCCUGGUUUACCAGGACAAGAUGGGCCACCAGGACCUCAGGGUAUCCCAGGCUGCAAUGGAACGAAGGGAGAACGUGGAUUCCCAGGCAGUCCAGGUUUUCCAGGUUUACAAGGGCCUCCUGGACCCCCUGGUCUGCCAGGUAUGAAGGGCGAACCAGGUGAAAUAAUUACAUCCUUGCUGCCAGGACAUAAGGGUGACCAAGGAUUUCCAGGUCUUCCAGGGAUACCUGGUCCACCUGGUCCCAUCGGAAUACCAGGUCCAGUUGGUCCUCCAGGACCCCCAGGUUUGACAGGACCUCCUGGUCCACCAGGGCUACCAGGACCUAAGGGUAAUAUGGGCUUGAAUUUCCAAGGACCUAAAGGUGAAAAAGGUGAACAAGGUCUUCAAGGACCUCCAGGGCCACCAGGACAAAUUGGAGAACAGAAGAGACCAAAUGACAUUGAGUUUCAGAAAGGAGAUCAGGGUAUUCCAGGUGAUCCAGGGCCACCAGGACUUCCAGGGCCACAAGGCCCUCCUGGUCUUCCCGGUGGCAUAAAGGGUGAAAAAGGUGAGCAAGGAGAGCCAGGCAAAAGAGGAAAGCCGGGCAAAGAUGGAGAACCUGGUCAGCCUGGUAGGGAUGGUUUACCUGGUGGACCUGGAGUAAAUGGUGUUCCAGGAAGAGAUGGUGAAAAGGGUGAAAAAGGUGACACUGGUCCUCCUGGUCCUCCUGGAAGUGUCAUUACAAGACCAGGCAUUGAUGCAACAGUGGGACCAAAAGGUAGCAAAGGAUUGCCAGGACUCCCAGGAGCCAAAGGGGAGCGUGGAUUCUCUGGUAGGCCAGGCCCACCUGGCUUGCCAGGUUCUCCAGGGAUCACUACUGUUGGACCUCCUGGCCCACCCGGCUUACCUGGUGAGAGAGGGCAGAAGGGAGAUCCAGGUUUACCUGGUGUUUCCAUUCCUGGACAACCAGGACUUGAUGGACCACGGGGACCUCCAGGGCCUCCAGGUCCUCCAGGACCACCUGCACCAUCUGUUCCUCCUGGUGAAGGGUUAUGUGAGCGGGGUCCACCAGGUCCUCCAGGAAUUCCAGGGCAACAAGGCUUUGCUGGAGAGAGAGGCCAAAAAGGUGACCAAGGAGACACAUGCUUCAAUUGUAUAGGAACUGGAAUAUCUGGGCCUCCUGGUGAGAGAGGACCACCAGGACCUCCAGGUAGUCCAGGUUCUCCUGGUUUUCCUGGGCCAAAAGGUGAAAAGGGGCUUCCAGGAUUAACUGGCCUUGUAGGGCCACCAGGAUUCCCAGGGCCACCAGGUGCUCCUGGGAGACCUGGUCCUAAAGGAGACCCUGGGGAUGUCUUGGCUUCACCAAGAAUGAAAGGUGACAAAGGAGACCCUGGCUUCCCUGGACCUCCAGGUCUUCCUGGAAUAGAUGGCACUCCUGGACGAGAUGGAUUGCCAGGUCUGCCUGGCCCUAAAGGGGAGCCUGGCAGUGUUGCAUUCAAAGGAGAAAUGGGAAUUCCAGGUGACCCAGGAGUACCAGGUCUUCCUGGAGACAAAGGGCUUCCUGGACCUCCUGGUUUCGGUCCACAAGGUUCACCUGGUGAAAAGGGCAUCCAAGGUGUAUCAGGUCGUCCAGGGCCUCCUGGAGUUCCUGGUCCAAAAGGUGACCCUGGUCAGACUAUUACAGAACCAGGAGUUCCUGGUCCCCCUGGUCCUCCAGGAAGAAAUGGUGACCCAGGUCUUCCAGGGGAUCCUGGUCAGCCAGGUCAGCGUGGCUUAUCAGGCAUCCCAGGUGCAAAGGGAGAGCCAGGUAUUCCUGGCAUUGGACUUCCAGGUCCACCAGGCCCAAAAGGUUUCCCAGGGACUCCAGGCCCACCCGGAGCUCCAGGAACUCCAGGUCGCCCUGGCCUAGAUGGACCUCCAGGACCACCUGGUUUCCCAGGCCAGAAGGGGGAUCGUGGAUUUGGAGUUCCAGGACCACCUGGACCCCCAGGACCACCAGGCAUAAAAGGAGUUCAGGGACCUAAAGGUGAUCCUGGCUUCCCAGGAAACCCUGGACUUCCAGGACGGGCAGGUUUUGAUGGAACUCCAGGACCAAAAGGUGACCCUGGACCAAGCGGACCACCAGGCCUUCCAGGCCCACCAGGCAUCCCUGGCAUUGGAGGCCAAGGGCCACCUGGACCUCCAGGACCACCAGGUCCUGUUGGCCCACCAGGGUUGCAGGGCGUACCAGGAGAGAAAGGGGAUCCAGGUCCUCCAGGCUUCGAUGUUCCUGGUCCUCCGGGUGACCAAGGAACCCCAGGAUAUCCAGGACCCCCUGGCCUCCCAGGCCCUCAGGGUUCACCUGGUCCACCUGGCCGGGAUGGAAUACCUGGAUUUCCAGGUGCCAAAGGUGAGAUGGGCGUCAUGGGAGCCCCUGGGCCUCCAGGGCCACCAGGGACUCCUGGAAGAAGUGGCCUUCCUGGCUUGAAAGGUAAUAAUGGAUUGCCUGGCCCGCCGGGGCCUCCUGGGCCAUUAGGACAGAAAGGUGUCAAAGGUGAAGCAGGCCUGCCAGGCCCACCUGGAAAAGUUGAUCCAAAGCAGCUAGGAGCAAAAGGAGAAAAGGGCGAGCCGGGUGUUCCAGGUAUUCCUGGUUUAUCAGGGCAGAAAGGCUAUCAAGGUCUCCCAGGUGACCCAGGUCCACCAGGACUGAGUGGUCCACCAGGUGCACCAGGGUUGCCAGGCAUCAAAGGAGACAUGGGGCUUCCUGGGCAGCCAGGACCAACAGGACCUCCGGGGCUAAAAGGUGCCAUGGGAGAGAUGGGCCUUCCAGGUCCCCCAGGAAGUAAAGGCAGCCAGGGAAUAGCAGGACGUCCAGGGCAGCCUGGGCCUGCUGGAUUUCCUGGACUGAAAGGGGAGAAAGGUGAUCCUGGACUUUCAAGCAUUGGCAUUCCUGGUCUGCCUGGACCAAAGGGUGAUCUUGGUUUGCCUGGAUAUCCAGGUAGUCCAGGCAGUAAAGGCGUAGCUGGAAAUCCUGGUUUGCCUGGAUUGCCUGGCAGUCCAGGUGCAAAAGGAGAGCCGGGCCUUCCUGGAUUCCCAGGAACACCAGGAAUUCCAGGUCCAAAAGGUAUCGAAGGGCCUCCAGGUAACCCUGGUCUGCCUGGACCACCUGGGCCAGUAGGUGAUACUGGUCGUCCUGGCCCUCCUGGUCCUCCUGGGGAGAAGGGACAGCCUGGUCGAGAUGGUAUCCCUGGACCAGCUGGUCAGAAGGGUGAACCAGGUCUGCCAGGCUUUGGGCGCCCAGGACCUCCGGGACUCCCAGGAUUAUCAGGGCAAAAAGGUGAACUGGGGUUACCUGGCCCACCAGGACCCCCUGGACUUCCAGGUCUGAAGGGAGAACCAGGUUUCCAAGGAUUCCCUGGCCUACAGGGUCCACCAGGUCCACCAGGAUUACCAGGGCCACCUCUGGAAGGUCCUAAAGGUAGCCCUGGCCCACCAGGCGUUCCAGGAAGACCAGGUCCCUCAGGUCCUCCAGGUUCACCAGGCCCAGAAGGUCCACGAGGGCCACCAGGCAGUGGGGGACUCAAAGGGGAAAAAGGGAAUCCAGGACAGCCUGGCCCACCUGGCCUGACUGGUCAAAAGGGAGACCAAGGACCACCUGGACGCCAGGGAGAUCCUGGUCGUCCUGGUCUCAAUGGAAUGAAGGGUGACCCUGGGGUUCCAGGCGUUCCGGGAUUCCCAGGUAUGAAGGGUCCCACUGGACCUGCAGGACCUGCUGGCCUCAUGGGCAGUCAAGGGCUGCCAGGCCCACCAGGUCCACCAGGUUUACCAGGUACCAUCGGACGAAGCAUUGUUGUCAAAGGUGAUCCUGGUCCUCCAGGGCCUCCAGGAUUGCCUGGGUCAAAAGGGCCACCUGGACUGGCAGGGCCACAAGGAUUGCCAGGUCCAGUUGGUGUUCCUGGUGAUCCAGGGCGAGAUGGACUCCCUGGUUUCGAUGGCCCAGCAGGACGUAAAGGAGAGAGGGGUCUUCCAGGCCAACCAGGUUCACGAGGAAUACAGGGACCCCCUGGUCCUGAUGGCUUACAAGGCCCACCUGGGCCUCCUGGAACAGCUUCUGUUGCUCAUGGAUUCCUUAUAACUCGUCACAGCCAGACUAGGGAUACACCACUAUGUCCACAAGGAACUUCAAGAAUAUAUGAUGGAUUCUCUCUUUUGUAUGUGCAAGGAAAUGAGAGAGCACAUGGCCAGGACUUGGGUACUGCUGGGAGCUGUCUUAGGCGCUUUAGCACCAUGCCUUUCAUGUUCUGCAACAUCAACAACGUUUGUAAUUUUGCAUCAAGGAACGACUAUUCCUACUGGCUGUCAACUCCAGAGCCAAUGCCGAUGAGCAUGGAGCCACUGACUGGGCAGAACAUCCAGCCAUUCAUUAGCAGAUGCGUUGUGUGUGAAGCUCCUGCUAUGGUGAUAGCUGUCCACAGUCAGACCAUUCAGAUUCCUUCGUGUCCUCCAGGCUGGGACUCCCUAUGGAUCGGUUACUCUUUCAUGAUGCACACCAGUGCUGGAGCAGAGGGCUCUGGGCAGGCCUUGGCAUCACCUGGAUCCUGUUUAGAAGAAUUCCGCUCAGCUCCAUUUAUUGAGUGUCAUGGUCGUGGCACUUGUAACUACUAUGCCAAUUCAUACAGUUUCUGGCUGGCGACUGUAGAGGUGUCAGAAAUGUUCAGCAAACCUCAGUCAGAGACACUGAAAGCUGGAGACUUGAGGACGCGUAUUAGUCGCUGCCAAGUUUGCAUGAAGAAGACGUAACGUCUUGAAGGAUGUUUUAAAACAGUUGAAAAUUCCUGAGAUGCACUGUCCUCCAGCUGUAACAAUGGUGCUACUGUGCAGAAAGAAAGCAGAAAACAAAUCCAAACUGUUUUAACCAUGCAAAUUCAAGUGUACCUCACUCGUGCCAAGCUAAGGGUUGUUUGGUGCAUAUUUGACAACAGGACUAAGAUGAGAUGGAAGAAUUGACCUCCUGGAAAUGGUAAAGACCCUUGUGGUUCACAAAGGAUCCGAAGAUGAAAUUUUCAUUUCUCUCCCUGUACCAAAAUGGCACCUUUUUGAUCAGUCAAGAGAGUAAAGAAAAACACGACGCACUGAGUAUGUUUAAAGUAACAAGACUGCAGUUUUGAAAAACAUUUUUCAUGGUGCUACUAACCCUACUGUAUCCCAGGUUUUUAAUAUGGAAUUUUAAGUUUAUUUCUCUGUAAGUAAUGAAAUGUGUAUAUUGUGUAAAACACCUUUUUAGCUGAAACUUUCAGUCAUUUAGAAACAAACCAGACUCGGAUAUAAAAAUGCUUAUGUCUGAAAUUAAAAUAUACAGCAGUAUUUUAUCACAAAAUUUGCGGUACAGAGAGAAUUUACAACUCUUACACCAAUUCAUUCAUUUGAUAUUUCAUUUCCUUAGUUGCCAACCUGUCAUAGAUGGGGAAAUGCACAAUUAUUCUGAAGUCAUUUUGAUCAGGGUUUUAAAUGUUGAUACCAUAUAUCAUGCUACCAGUGGUUUUAUUUGUGUUUAGAGAUCCCAAUCCACUUGAAGAGUUUGUUGGUUUAUUUUUUAUCUUGUGAAGAUAUAUGAAAUGAUCAGCCAUAUGCCUAUAUCCUUCUAUUCUGAAUAGAAGUCACAUUCACAUAUUAGUAAUAUUUGGUAUAGUUCAAAAAAGCUGCUCCUUGGGAAUAUCCAGUUAUCAAAGCAUUUAAGAUUAUGCUUACGUGAAACCUCUUUACUCUGAAGUGAAGUCACACAUAUUAUCCAAAAUAAAUAGUGUACAUGCUAAGAAACACUAAAAUAAAGUGUAAACUGGUGGAAA